GCCCGGGGAGGCGAGGCACCAGCACCCGGCCGCUGCUCGCAGCGCGCCCUGCGCCCAUCGGGAAGGGAAGGGCGCCUCCAAAGCGCCCCUCUGCUCCACCUUGGGAGCGAGGGCGAAGGCCAGGGACUCAGAGACUUUGCUUAUCGCUCCGAGGCUGGCUGCAGGAAUCCUCCCCUUAUCGCGGCGUCGCGGAGGGGACUGCCAAGGCGGAGCGGGGACUCCUCGCCAGGACCAGGCGUUGAAGCUCUCCGGAGGGGCGCAGGGAGAGAGCGAACGGGUCCUGCCCGGGAGCAGCAGCCCGUGAUGCUGCGCUGGGAGUGAAGUCAGCCUUCAUCAGCCGAAUAGUUUAUGCAUGAAUCGAAACUUCAGACCUGGCAGGGUGGGGGAACGCGCAGGAUCUUUGCUCUUUUCAAAUGCUCUCGCCAAGGAAGGAGGAGGGGAUAGAGGAAAUAGCAGCAAAAUAGGACUGGGGAAGCGGGGAGAGAUUUGAGAAGCUGGAUGAGUUGUUCGCUCUGUUAUUGCGAGGAGCCAAGUUCCUUAAGCAUCUCCUGGUGGAUAUUAACAGAGAGCUGUGGAGACCGGAGCAUUCCCCUGGACACUCGCAAGCUGUAGCUUUAAGACUGUUUUACAGAGGACUUGGGAUCUCCAGUUUUCCUGCGCCUGGUGGAGUAUUUCAGGGAGUUACAGGAUUUUCGGGUCAUGCACCCCCUUUUUCCUUUUUCUUCCUCCUUUCUCUUCCUCUCUUACUCUUUCUUUUCAUUUCAAAGAGACAAAGCUACUUCAGUUUGGAGCACAAACAUAUGAUCAGCACAUGGAAAUGUGGUAAUUUGGAUGCAUUCAUGAUUGCAACAGAUUGAAGAAAUUAGACCAGACAAAGAGCUUUUUUUGGAGGAGGAGGAGGCAAGGCAAGGAGGGAGGGAGAGUGGGUGAAAGAAGGGGACGCCACCGAAAAAAGGGACGGCCGUGACACGCGGAUGCUAAAUAUAUCCCGUAGUAAUGGAGAAGGACCGGAUUUCAGGUAGGCUACCGAUCUUUUAAUAUGUUCUGUUCUGCCUCUGCCUUCCUACCUUUCCAGUAGCUUCUGCACUUUAAGAAGAGAAACAGCCACGCUCCGGCUCGGUUUCAGCAGUUUCUUUUAUUUAUUUAUUUUUUGCAACGUUUCCUUUUUGCUUUUUUUUUUUUUUCCAUCCUCCUGAGCCCUCUAGACAGAAGGUGGUUCCAGCAGGAACCGGGGGGGAGCGGGGGAAAAAAGAAACUGCUCUCUAGGUCUGGAUUUCAUUUGAGUCUCUCUCUCCCCCCUCUGUUCCCAUGUGCCGCUCGGCGCGGGGGGAUGAAUGCUGAGCUUGUUAGCUCGGAGCUGCGAGUCGGGAAGAGGGAGGAAAAGAGCCGAGCUCUUGGCAUGGAGACGCAUUUCUGCUCUGAAGCUCUGAAAAGAUCUUUUGAGGUCGAGGAGGUAGAUCAGUCUUCAAAUUCCUCCACCCCACAAAGACGGACCCCGAACCCCCUCCUCAGGUCCACGGUGUCCAGCUCCACGCAGAAGUUUCAGGAACUCGGUGCGAGGAAUUCGGAGCCGCCUGCCAGGCAUGCAGACCCCACGGGCCAGCGAUCCCCCAAGCCCUCUCUGAGGAGAGUGGAGCUCUCUGGACCCAAACUGCCUGAGCCGGUGUCCAGAAGAACAGAAAUCUCCAUUGACAUCUCAUCCAAGCAGGUGGAGAACUCCACCUCGGGCUUGUCGAGGUUUGGCCUCAAACGAGCAGAUGUGCUGGGGCACAAACCCCCGGAGCCCACCCCGCGGAGGACUGAGAUCACGCUCGGCAAGCCCCAGGAGCCAGGGCUCCGCAGGGCGGAGGCGCCGGCCUCAAAGAUCCCCGAGAUGCCCCAGCGCCGAGCCGAGAUGGCCAACGCUGCCCUGCCCGACGUGGCCACCAAGCGAGUGGAAAUUCAGGUAGCCAAGGCUGCCGAGCUGCCAGCCCCGCCGGCGCGGCAGGCCGAGGGGUUGGAGCCUGCCCCGGCCCCGCAGCCGCCCCAGGCAGAGCCAAAACCGCAGCCAGCGCUGGUCGAGAGCCCACCAAAGAGAGAAGAGGGUCCCGAGGCCGUUCCCAGCCACGCACCCGGCAUGACGGACGCCCCGCGGGAUGCCGGCCCCAAGCAGGCGGCGCCGGCGCGGCCAGAGAAGCCGGCGGCAGACUUCGGCUACGUGGGGAUAGACGCCAUCCUGGAGCAGAUGAGACGGAAAGCCAUGAAGCAGGGCUUCGAGUUCAACAUCAUGGUCGUGGGUCAGAGCGGCUUGGGGAAAUCCACGUUAAUCAACACCCUCUUCAAGUCCAAAAUCAGCCGGAAAUCUGUACAGCCAACUUCUGAGGAGCGGAUCCCCAAGACCAUUGAAAUCAAAUCCAUCACUCACGAGAUCGAAGAGAAGGGGGUUCGCAUGAAGCUGACGGUCAUCGACACCCCGGGCUUUGGGGACCACAUCAACAACGAGAACUGCUGGCAGCCCAUCAUGAAGUUCAUCAACGACCAGUACGAGAAGUACCUGCAGGAGGAGAUCAACAUCAACCGCAAGAAGCGGAUCCCUGACACCAGGGUGCACUGCUGUAUAUACUUCAUCCCCGCCACCGGCCACUCCCUCCGACCGCUGGACAUCGAGUUCAUGAAACGCCUGAGCAAGGUGGUCAACAUCGUCCCGGUGAUUGCCAAAGCCGACACGCUAACGCUGGAGGAGAGGGAUUACUUCAAGCAAAGGAUCACAGCCGAUCUUCUCGCCAACGGGAUCGACGUGUACCCGCAGAAGGAGUUUGAUGAAGACUCUGAAGAUCGGCUAGUGAAUGAGAAAUUCAGGGAAAUGAUCCCGUUUGCGGUGGUGGGCAGCGACCAGGAGUACCAGGUUAACGGAAGAAGAAUCCUUGGAAGGAAGACCAAGUGGGGCACCAUUGAAGUGGAGAACACGACACACUGUGAGUUCGCCUACCUGCGGGACCUCCUCAUCAGGACACACAUGCAGAACAUAAAGGACAUCACCAGCAACAUCCACUUCGAAGCCUACAGGGUGAAGAGGCUGAACGAGGGCCAGAGCUCGCUCUCCAACGGCGUGACCGACAAGGAGCUGGUGGCUAACGAAAUGUAACCGUCUCGCUCUGUAGCCAGGACCUCGCUCGCUCACGCUCGCUAUUUCUCCCCUCUUCCCCCUUUAUUUUUAUAUAAAUCCUCUGCCACUGUCCCUCCUUUCCCCCAACCCCCCGCCAAUGUUAACUGACCAAAUAACCAGCUGUCGUGCAGUGGGGUGGCCGCUCGUCCCCCCGCCUCGUGGCACGGGUUUCCGUCUCAGCCCCGUCAGGCAGGAGGGGGCUGUCGGGCUGGGGACCGUCCCCCGCUGGGGUCGGGCUCUCGCUGUCCUCCAGCCUAAUGGGGCAGCCUCCUCCCGCUGCCCCAAAGCUGUGGGAUUUAGGGGUAGGGCAGCGGGGCAGGGAUCUCCUGCCCCCUCCGUGGUUGUCCCCAGGGGGCAUUUGCCAAAGGCCGAGUACCUCUGCCCUGUGGCUUUGCCAUUUUUCUUCUCCGUCCAUUGAAGGCAAGGGUUUCUCCGUGUGAAUGUAGCCUCCAGAAGCAAGGUACGGUGGUAUGAAGAGAGCAAGACGGUGACAUCCUUGUCUCCUGCCUCCUCCUCCUCCUCCUCUUCCUCCUCACGAGCCCUCCGCGGUCCUCCAGGAGCAGCCAGCCCCGACCCAGCCCCCCCACCCUGCCUACACGCAAUAACCUGGGAGCCUUUAGGGGUUACCCGUGGCCCGGCAGAGCUGCCCGCUCUGGGAGAAGUGCCUUUUAGGACUGUUACCUUGCAAUAGUGGAACUGGGGGGCGGGGGGGCUCGCGCUGGCCGUCUUCGCAGCCUGGAAAAUGCUUCCCCGAGCUGCAGCGCUUUGCAGAGACUCCUUUUCCCCUCUCACUUGGACCAUAGGUAUGGCUGAGUUCCUGGGAAGCCUUGUAUAUUUAUUUUUAAUUCGGUGGGGUGUUUUAUGCCAUUGAAGGCUCAAAGUUUCUUUGUCUGAAGGGGGCUGAGAGCAGAACGUCUCUGCAAAGCGGCGGUGGGGAGCGGAGGUUUGUCCUGUCUGACCCUUGUCAUUAUCGGGCUUUUCCAUAAGACAGAGGAGGCCGCUAGGGUUUUUUUGUGUGUUUUUUUUUUUUUGCAUCCCCUGUGUGAUGUGUAUGUGCGUAACACGCUCCUCGAUAUGCCUAGCCCUUGUGCAAGGGGACCGUGCCCAUAUCGGACUGAGCCCCGCAUGCCCACAUGCACAGACCCGGCCCUGGGGAGGGCUGCUGCGGCCCCCCCCUGCCCUGGGCACUCUCCUUUCAGCUCUGCCCCCGUGUGCCUCGUGUUUCCGUGGGUCUGCAGUAAAAAAGACCCUGCACGGGUGUUAAACAACACCGCGUGGCUUGUGAGCGGGUGGUCUUGGAGCAGAGCUCUGCAGCCCUUCUGCCCUGCCUGCCUUUCUGUUGUCAGCUCCGCCAGUCUCCGCUCCCCUCUCUAAGGGACGAAACUUUACACGAAUCACCCUUUUUUUUGGCAUGUGCUAAGAGGGCAGCGUGCCCCCAGUGCCGGGGGACACGCGCAGAGCUCACCCAGCGGCCCCGCCACAGGGCAGAGCCGGCGGCUUCAUCACAGGGGGGCAGAAGGAGAGGAGAGGGGUUGUGCUCGCCCUGCUCAGGAUGCCCAAACGUUGUGCUCGGGGGGGGGGGUGGGAUUUGCAGGUUUUCCCCACACAUCGCCCCCCGUGGGCAGCCAGAGGGGUGCUCGGGGCCAUCCCCGGGCCGUGCCCAGCUCCGUGCUGCCCCGGGGAUGCUGUGGCCGUGGCGCAGGGUGCACGUCGCACAGAGGCUCCGCUCUCCCCCAACUCGUGUUUUCCCCUCCGCAGCAGCACGCGGGAGGUCUGCUGAGCUGCUGGGGAGGAACAGUUAUGUACUUGCUGACUUGCUAUAUUUUAGCAAAAACAAACAAAAUGUAUUAACUGAAAAAAAGUAUAUAUAUUUCAAGUGUUAAAAAGACUAUUAAGGGGGAGAAAAAUCUCUUGUGUGAGGCACUUCUGCAAAUGUCAUCUUCAACUUUUUGUUUUUCCUCUAGUCGAUAUCUCAAGCUGGGCCAAGCAAGACACGCCGCUUUCUCCUUUGUAACCUGAUUUUUUUUUUUGAAGAAAAAAAAGAAAAUAAUACAAUAAAAAAAAAAACUUCAUCCAGAUCUAUUAAAAUGGCCUUUUGGGGGUUAUAAGCAUUAUGACAAAUUUAGUCCAUUUUUGUAUAAAUAAUAGUGUUUAAUAUGUAUUUCCCAAAAUAAAUGUUUCGAAUGCAAAUAGAA